CAAAGAGAGGAGAGGGAUUUAUUUACAAUGGCGACAUUGCCACCACGUAAAAAUUUGACACCAACAAAAAUAUCAAAAGAAUAUUUGACACCACUUGAAAUACUUCUUCAACUUGGUUUUCCAAAAAAUCGAGCUGAAAAAGCAUUGGCAGCAACUGGACAUCGUGGGGUACAAUUAGCAUCUGAUUGGCUCUUGGCACAUGUUAGAGAUCCAAAUAUUGAUGAUGAAACAUCCAGAGAAUACAUUGUCUAUCUAUGUCCAACUGGUUUAUUUGCUGAAAAAUUGGCUAAAUUUUUCAUUGAAUGCAAAGAGCUUGGAUGGAACAAGGCACAUAAUUAUAUACCCCAUUUGACAAUGCUUAGAUUUUUUAAAGUACCAGAUGAAUUAGCUAAACAAGUUGCAAAUUUAUUUGAAACAUUGAUAGACAUGAAAAAUGAUUGUAUAGAAAGAAUUGAUUUUGAAACUUAUAUAUCACCAAAUUUCAUGGGUUUAUUUGUUGAUGAUAAUCAAGCAAAGCUUCUUGAUAUUAUUGCAAAAAGAUUUAUCAAUAAAUUAUCAAGUAUUGAUAUUAAUGCUGAUAUACAUACUGAUUCAUUACAUUUGUCACUUGCUUAUCAAUUUUCUACUAAUCAAUUUCAGCUAUUAAGAUCAAUGGUAGAAAGAAUGGGAAAAAAUUCAUCAUCAAAUUGGGAGCUAAGACUUUAUUCAAGAAAUGCAAAGUUAAAAGAUUCACGAGUACAUAAAGUAACACAUGCUCAUGUACCAAGAGAAGAUGAUGAACUUGAAUUAAGACCUGGUGAUUUUAUUUACAUAACUGAUGAUGCUUGUGAUGAAUCAAUUGAUGGAUGGGUAAAAGGUGUAUCUUGGCUAACUGGUUUAACUGGAUAUUUACCAAUGAAUCAUACUGAAAGAACAGCUGAGACUGAUGCUUGGACACUUCAUGCAACUGUUACUCUACCAAAUGGAAAAAUUGAAUCAUCAUAUGACAAUGCUGAAAUACCAAGAACAAGAAAACCACCAAUUUUAUCAUCAAGUGAAUCAAUUGAUACACCAGAUGGUAUUGCACGAGACAAUGAAUUGAUUGAAGCAUCAUUACCACCAUCAAUAACAUCAAGAGAAAUAUACAUUUGUCGUCAUGGUGAAAGAGUUGAUUUUACAUUUGGUGCUUGGAUACCAUAUUGUUUUGAAGAAAAUGGUUCAUAUGUACGUCGUGAUUUAAAUAUGCCACGAGAAAUUCCAAUGAGAAAUAUACAAGAUUUUCAAAAUGACAGUCCAUUAACAACACUUGGUGAAAUGCAAGCUAGUCUUGUUGGUGAAGCUAUGAAAUCAUCAAAUGUUAAAAUUGACGUUGCAUAUACAUCACCAUCAUUGAGAUGUAUACAAACAUUAUCAAAAAUAUUAAAAGGACAAGGAUCAAAUUUACAAAUGAAAAUUGAACCUGGUUUUAUUGAAUGGCUUGCAUGGUAUCCAAAUGGUCUACCAGUAUGGAUGAGUAUUGAUGAUUUAAUAAAAGCUGGUUUUAAUGUUGACAAAAAUUAUGAAGCAAUAAUAUCAAAAUCAAGUUUACCAGAAAGAGAAAGUGCUGCACAAUAUUAUGAAAGAAGUUAUGAACUUGUUAAAAAAAUUAUUGAUAGUACUGAUGGUAAUAUAUUAAUUGUUGGACAUGCUGCAUCAUUGGGAGCUUGUACAAGACAAUUAUCAGGUGGAAAUAUACCAUCACCAAGUGAAGUUACAAGACUUGUACAAAGAGUACCAUAUUUAGCUUGUUUAACAGCUAGACAAGAUAAUGUUAAUGGAUGGCAACUUAAUCCACCACCAUUUCCACCAAUAACACACUCCAGUAACAGUCGUUUUGACUGGAAAAUGCUACAUUAAUUUUAAUUUUUUAAUCAUUUAAACAUAGCUAUAUUUUUUUAUAUUUUUUAUACUAUUUAUUUAUAAAUAAAUAAUUGUCUUUUAUUAAUUUUCUAAUUUUGUACAAAUGGAAAAUGUAAUUUUUUAAAUAAAUUAUUGAUUUUAAAAUUGAAAUCAAUUGAAAUUAAAGAAAAAAAAAAAU